AUGGCACAAGAACAUCACAGAUAUUCGCUGCCAGACUUGUAUGCAUGCAUUGAGAAUUUUAAUUAUGAGAACAAGAAAUCUAAUCUCCAAAAUGUCUGUGGCAUCUCAUUCGAGGAAGCUCAGGGAUCCCUUGAGAAGACCCUGAAUGCCCUUGACAGCAACAAAGCUAAGAAGAAAGAUGAGCACCUCCCUGCCAUGCCGACUGAAGUUAAGGAGGAGGAGCAGAAGCCAGCGUCCAUGGCAGAUGUCCUUCACCAAAGCUUGCUCCUAGAUGCCCUGGCCCCAAGGGAACAGUUAUCCAAGUCCUAUAGGAGAUUGGUCCAGGCUGGCAUCCCUCCUCCUGUGCAUACCUUUCCUUACAGUUUCAGGACCGAAGAUCCAAGAGCUUCUGAAACACCCAUUAAAGAAAUGGCUUCAAGCACCACGUUGAGCCAACUUCUCCUGACUUCUGUUCCCCAAGACAGAGCAAUCUACGAAGAGAAAUCGAAAACCUUCUUCCCCGCAGAACCAGGAAAGCAGUUCCUGGACCUGAUGGACCUGGAAUGGAGGUAUUUCAAGGGGCUUGUAAAGUGGGAACGUGCAACCAAGAAACAUUCCUUCAUGGAUAUAACAUUUAACAGUGAGAUGAGAUUUGUAAGGAGCCAAGGCAUGCCUGGGCUUAUUCCUUCUCUAGUUUGCAGGACUUUGAUGUUUUACCCUUCAGUUGACUACUAUGAAAAAAAUUUUAGUUAUUUUAAGUGGAAGGUAUAG